CUGCUUCCGGGCCAGGGGGCAGGAGCCACCAUGGAGCCUCGCGGGGUUGCGGGGCUGAUGGAACCGCGGGCCGGUGUCUGAAGCGAGCAAGGCGCAGCGCGGCCAGCGUCGCCGGGGACACGCAGGCAGGUCCUGAAGGCCCGCGCCCGCCGCCAUGUCGGUGCUGGGCGAGUACGAACGGCACUGCGAUUCCAUCAACUCGGACUUUGGGAGCGAGUCCGGGGGUGGCGGGGACUCGGGCCCGGGGCCCAGCGCCAGUGCGGGGCCGCGAGCCGGCGGCGGCGCGGCAGAGCAAGAGGAGCUGCACUACAUCCCCAUCCGCGUCCUGGGUCGCGGUGCCUUCGGGGAGGCCACGCUGUACCGCCGCACCGAGGAUGACUCACUGGUUGUGUGGAAGGAAGUUGAUUUGACCCGACUGUCUGAGAAGGAACGUCGUGAUGCCUUGAAUGAGAUUGUUAUUCUGGCGCUGCUGCAGCAUGACAAUAUUAUUGCCUACUACAAUCAUUUCAUGGACAAUACCACCCUGCUGAUUGAGCUGGAAUAUUGUAAUGGAGGGAACCUGUAUGACAAAAUCCUGCGUCAGAAGGACAAGUUGUUUGAGGAAGAGAUGGUGGUGUGGUACCUAUUUCAGAUUGUUUCAGCAGUGAGCUGUAUCCAUAAAGCUGGAAUCCUUCAUAGAGAUAUAAAGACAUUAAAUAUUUUUCUGACUAAGGCAAACCUGAUAAAACUUGGAGAUUAUGGCCUAGCAAAGAAACUUAAUUCUGAGUAUUCCAUGGCUGAGACGCUUGUAGGAACCCCAUAUUACAUGUCUCCAGAGCUCUGCCAAGGAGUAAAAUACAAUUUCAAGUCGGAUAUCUGGGCAGUAGGCUGUGUCAUUUUUGAAUUGCUUACUCUAAAGAGAACGUUUGAUGCUACAAAUCCACUCAACCUGUGUGUGAAGAUCGUGCAAGGAAUCCGAGCCAUGGAAGUUGAUUCUAGCCAGUACUCUUUGGAAUUGAUCCAAAUGGUACAUUCAUGCCUUGAUCAGGAUCCUGAGCAGAGACCCACUGCAGAUGAACUUCUGGAUCGCCCCCUUCUCAGGAAACGCAGGAGAGAGAUGGAAGAAAAAGUCACUCUGCUUAAUGCACCUACAAAGAGACCAAGGUCAAGUACUGUGAAUGAAGCACCCAUUGCUGUGGUAACAUCACGAACCAGUGAAGUCUAUGUAUGGGGUGGUGGAAAAUCCACCCCCCAGAAACUGGAUGUCAUCAAGAGUGGCUGCAGCGCCCGGCAGGUUUGCGCAGGAAAUACUCACUUUGCUGUGGUCACAGUGGAGAAGGAACUGUACACCUGGGUGAAUAUGCAAGGGGGUACUAAACUCCAUGGCCAGCUUGGCCAUGGAGACAAAGCCUCCUAUCGACAGCCAAAGCAUGUGGAAAAGCUGCAAGGCAAAGCUAUCCGUCAGGUGUCAUGUGGUGAUGAUUUCACUGUCUGUGUGACAGAUGAAGGUCAGCUCUAUGCCUUUGGAUCAGAUUAUUACGGCUGUAUGGGAGUGGAUAAGGUUGCUGGCCCUGAAGUGCUAGAACCCAUGCAGCUGAACUUUUUCCUCAGCAGUCCAGUAGAGCAGGUUUCCUGUGGAGAUAAUCAUGUGGUGGUUCUGACACGAAACAAGGAAGUCUAUUCUUGGGGCUGUGGUGAAUAUGGACGACUGGGUUUAGAUUCAGAAGAGGAUUAUUAUACACCACAAAAGGUGGAUGUUCCCAAGGCCUUGAUUAUUGUGGCAGUUCAGUGUGGCUGUGAUGGGACAUUUCUGCUGACCCAGUCAGGCAAAGUGCUGGCCUGUGGACUCAACGAGUUCAACAAACUGGGUCUGAAUCAGUGCAUGUCUGGAAUCAUCAACCAUGAAGCAUACCAUGAAGUUCCCUACACAACCUCCUUUACUUUGGCCAAACAGUUGUCCUUUUAUAAGAUCCGUACUAUUGCCCCAGGCAAGACUCACACAGCUGCCAUAGAUGAACGAGGCCGACUGCUGACCUUUGGCUGCAACAAGUGUGGGCAGCUGGGCGUUGGGAAUUAUAAGAAGCGUUUGGGAAUCAACCUGUUGGGGGGACCCCUAGGUGGGAAGCAAGUGAUCAGGGUCUCCUGUGGUGAUGAGUUUACCAUUGCUGCCACUGAUGAUAAUCACAUUUUUGCCUGGGGCAAUGGUGGUAAUGGCCGCCUGGCAAUGACCCCCACAGAGAGACCACAUGGCUCUGAUAUCUGUACUUCAUGGCCUCGGCCUAUCUUUGGGUCUCUGCAUCACGUCCCGGACCUAUCUUGCCGUGGCUGGCAUACCAUUCUCAUUGUUGAGAAAGUACUGAAUUCUAAGACCAUACGUUCCAAUAGCAGUGGCUUAUCCAUUGGAACUGUGGUUCAGAGCUCUAGCCCAGGAGGUGGUGGUGGAGGUGGUGGUGGUGAAGAGGAAGACAGUCAGCAGGAAUCUGAAACUCCUGAUCCAAGUGGAGGCUUCCGAGGAACAAUGGAAGCAGACCGAGGAAUGGAAGGUUUAAUUAGUCCCACAGAGGCCAUGGGGAACAAUAGUGGGGCCAGUAGCUCCUGUCCUGGCUGGCUUCGAAAGGAGCUGGAAAAUGCAGAAUUCAUCCCCAUGCCUGACAGCCCAUCUCCCCUAAGUGCAGCAUUUUCAGAAACUGAGAAAGAUACCCUGCCCUAUGAGGAGCUGCAAGGACUCAAAGUGGCCUCUGAAGCUCCUUCGGAACACAAGCCCCCAGUGGGAGCCUGGCCACCACGGCCGAAUCCUGCAGUAACAAGUGCUGGGAAAGGAACUCCAUUGACUCUUCCUGCGUGUGCAUGUAGCACUCUGCAGGUGGAAGUUGAAAGAUUGCAGGGUCUGGUGUUAAAGUGUCUGGCUGAACAACAGAAGCUACAGCAAGAAAACCUCCAGAUUUUUACCCAACUACAGAAGCUGAACAAGAAAUUAGGAGGAGGGCAGCAGGUGGGGAUGCAUUCCAAAGGCACUCAGACAACAAAGGCAGAGAUGGAAAUGGAUCCAAAGCCUGACCUAGAUUCAGAUUCCUGGUGCCUUCUGGGAACAGACUCCUUUCGACCCAGCCUAUAGUCUCUGAGCCUGUAUAGGCCCCAGGAAACUGGGAUCCAAAGAACUUCACAGCACACUUACUGAAUGCAGAGAGCGGCUUUCCUGGCUUUGUUCACUUGCAGACAAGGGGCGCAAGGUAGAGGCUCUGAAGCACUUUCCUUGUACAUUUGGAGAGUAGCAUUGCCUUUUAGGUAGGAUCUAGGAGUGAUUUUAUUGUUUUGGAGAAUGGAAGGGCCCCAUGGUCCUGGCUUUGUCAUCAGUGACUGCCACAGCAACAGCAGCUCUGUACCUCAUCUAUCGAUCCCACCUUUGAAAAGGAGACACAGUGCUCACCUUAAUUGCGCUGGUAGCAGCUGAUAUCCCAUUUAUCAUUUUCACCAUUGAUUGGAAGCUGCCUUGGGAAUUCAAUACCAGGCAUUGCACCUCUAGGUGGGGGAGGGAAAAGUGUAAAGCUAGAGUAGGCCGGAACCAGGCAUGGCCCAUCUGGGGUCCUCUGGAGAGUGGUGAAGUAUUCUGAUCCCUUUUAGGAGCCCUGAGUCCAGAAAAUACGUCUGGUGGCGUCAAUCUAGGGCUUGUUUUCAGAAAGUUCAGUUAAUUCAUGCAGCUAAAUGCUUUAGGAGGAAAAGUGGGUUUAGAUUGCUUUUCCUCUAAGAGUUGAUUGCAAUGUCUUCAGUGAGGAGUAGAGAAAGGGCAGGUCACACAGCUGGAGUUUCAGGCUGUGGCUGAUGCAGGGUGGGAUUUCCUAGCUUUGGAAGAUACCUCUGAGGGAUGAGGUGUCUCUUAGAGAGUUGAGUCAGUGGAGCAGUAGGAAUAGCCUUAAGAGAAAAUUGUGAGGGAGAGGAGGUCCUGCCUCUACUUGGUUUCUUAGAGAGGGCUUUGAAUGACUCUGAGUCUUCUGCCCCUGAGAAGGCUUCUUGUAUCUCUGCCUUCAUGGCUCUUAGGGUUCUAAUUUUGACAUCAGCAGCCCCAACCACUCCUUUUCUGUAUGUCUAGUCAGUAUUUUUCCCCUUUUGGUGUUUUAUGAAGCCAUAUCAUAGCCAGUGAGUCUGUAUCAUCUUUCCUACUUGAGUGGCCCAGAGCCAGCACCAAACCCUGGAAGUCCUGGAAGCCUAACAGAACAGGUAGAACCUGCUAAGUGAAAGGAAUUUGACUGAAAGCUUACUUCUUAUCACACAUACAUUUGUCCUCGUAGACAGGAGAAAGCUAGCUUUCCCAAAGAAAUGGUGUCCUAGAAGAACAAACUUCAUAUAGAAAGUUCUAGGCAAGCAUUUGACCGUUUCACUAAAGACUAUGAGCUUUGUGUUUCCAUCUAGCCUUAUGAAAUGUUCCUUUAGUAUUUGGGGUUACAGGAGCUUCUUGGAUAAGUCUUACAUCCUGUGUCCUUACAAAUAACUAAAUUAAUUUUGUUUCAUUUUCCCCAAAUCAAAAUAUGUUUGAUAUCUGUUUAUUGUAGGGGGACCUGUGCAGUGGAAAUUUUGCCAUUUCCCUAAAACUGGUGGUGUGAAGGCUGAUGCUCAGGGAAAACCCCAUGGCUGGGGAUGGGCAACUCUGUUCAAUGGGAUCUUCUUUGGUUUGAUGUUCCCAUUGUUUUCUCAAUUCUGGGAAGCCUAGUACAAUAGUACUAAUGUAAUCACUGAAGCCUCUUGAAAUAAGAGAAGGGGCCUACCCUGGAUUAAGGUUACAAGUUCUGGUUACUUGGGGGUUUGCUGUAAACUCUAACAAUGGGUUUUGGUUCAUCAUAUAAAUGUAAUUUUGAUUUUCUUAAGAACUGACUGGCCUUUCAUGUCCCUGUAUCCUCAUGCUCACUGUCUCAGCAGGCCUGAGAGGCAGGGUCAGUCUGGGUGUUCAUCAUGAGGAUUGUUUCUGCUAUGGAGCUGAGGGACAUGGGCACGUUGCUGAAAACUGUGGGGUGAAAGUGAGUAUUGAGAGUGGGGAGGAUUGAGAGUCCUGCUUUUGUUCCCGAGAGAAGUCAUUCCCUAGCAGUGGAACACUGUGGUCAUUAGCUCUAGCAAGUUCCCUUAGGAAGGCUAGAUUUGGUAUAAAUCUGGCUGAGAAUCAAAGUUUUGUGCCUUAGAGACAAUUUGCACUUUCCCAAAUUGUGCCUGGGACAGCCAUAUGAUUUUUCCCACCUGACAACUAUGCAAACAGAAACCAGUUCAAAGGUGGCAGCCAUGUGUUGGAUAGAGUGAAACGUGAGGCAGUAGAAAUGCCUUUGAAUGGUUUUCUGUAGCUAAUUCUCUAAAUUUUGUCUGCUUUUCUUCUUCAUGCAGUACAGGUGUUUUAAGUUUUCCAGUAGUAUUGCUUUUGAGUUAUAAUCUGAGUUAUUCCUUUGCUCUGACAUUGUUGCUGAAGAACUAGCUUAUUGUUAGCCAGAUGCUUGAAAGGUUGAGGGUGGAGUGGUUUGACAUUUCGGUUUUAAAUAAACAUUUAAACUCUCAA